AUGUCGCACGAAGCGUUACCCAUCGAUCGAGUGAGGUUUGCUGAAGCUCUCGAAUCGCUGCCUCUUGACGCCCUGCACUCCAAGGUUGCCGAGCUGCGCAAUAACAUGGAUCAUCUGAGAUAUUCGAACGAGCAAAUGGUUCCUUUCGCUGACGAAGGCGACCAAGAUUGCAAAGACGCCAUGUACGAAAACCUCGUUGUCAUCAGCCGCAUGAAUGAACGCAUCAACUUGCUGCGCGCCGAGGUGGAAAAGAGAGGCAUGAGAUGGUCAGAAGCCGAAGUCGAAGAUCGUCAGGUCAGCGAAAGAAUGGUCAAUGGCGUCUCUCCAUCUACAAUUACAACACAAUCAUCACAAUCCCAGAGCGGAAGCUUGACCGACGAACAGUUGAGAGCACGACUCGAUGCAACAUUGGCCCAGGACACACAAGACGACCAGGAAGAUGAAGGUCUCCAUCUCUAA